GUCGUUAUUCGUCGCCUUCCUCCAUCAUUAACUGAAGAUCAGCUGAAAGAAGAGUUAGGGGAACUCCCUGAGCAUGACUUUUUUUACUUUGUUGGAAGCGAUAUGAGGUAACUUCAUUUUUGUAACUGUCUUACUCUAAGGAAAUCCCCAAUCAAAAAGAAAAUCUUCCUUUUAGAGAAACAUUUUAAGGUAAGAGUAGUGUCAUGAGAAUGUUCUGCUAGCUGGCAAACAGAUAUAGUUCUAGCUGUCGCUGCUGUUUUUGGAAAAGAAAAGCAAUUUAAGGGGGUAACAUGUCUUUGUAUAUAGGGUCCAAGAGUUCUGCCGAAGAGAUGUUGUUUAAAUAGUCAAACCAAAAUUAUGAUUAAUAAUAUUCACAGAUUCAAAAAAUUGCACAUAACUGUAAAUAAUUAUAACAGUUUACUCACUAUCAGUCCUUUCUUCAGCUAAGAGCCUACAGUGAAUUCUGGAAAUCAAUGCGAACUAAAGAUUACUUAGUUACCUGCUAUGGUGUAGCAGCUAACUGUCUAAUCAUUAGGUUGCACGUGCAAAUUAUGCAUGUUUUCUAAAAGAAAUGUCAAACUGUACAUGUAUUCUGUGUGACAUUUAGUUUUUCAUCAUUUUCUUCCAAGUAGUGAGUAAUAGAACAAUUUUUAGAUUAGGUUUUUGUAAUAUACUGAAUAAUAAAGGUUUCGGUAAGUGUUAUCAGAUCACACUUACUAUUGUAAUUGUUACAAUUGUUUGCAAAGUAAUAGAUCACAAUAUAGCAAGCCUGAGUAUCUAAAAUGCUAAUUUCAUUGAAAAAAGCUUCCUGUAUUAAAUUGUUGGGUUACUAUUUUAUCACAGCUUUGGUCCUAUAUCCUUUGCAAGAGCUUACAUCAAUUUCAAAAACAGAGAUGAUAUCAUAAAAUUUCGAGACCAGUUUGAUGGUUAUCGAUUUGUGAACAGCAAAGGUAUCUUCAGUUCAUUCUUGUUCAUUUGUUAA